AUGAAGAAGAAACUACUACGUGCGGCCAGUGAACUCACAUUCUACAAGGAGAGGGUGGCGCUGCUACAAGAACAACUGAUCUACCAGAAAAGAAACGAAGAAAAAUUCAUCAAGCUCCGAGCACAUUACAAAGCGCAACUCGAGGAAGUAGAGAAACUCCGAGCCAAAGCGGCCAAGGUCCCAGGGUUAGAAAAAACCGUACGGCAGCAGGAAGAAUUGAUUACACGCUUGGAAUCUUUUCUUGACAGACAAAGAAGUCGCAAUGUGAAUGAAAACUUCAAUAAACGUGCUCCUGAUACAGAUCCGUACGAUGUAAACUUAUUAGACCACUUACCUCCAACACCCACUCCAUUGCCCGAAACCUCGGACGCCGUCGCAGCCACAGCUCUACGCAACCUAUCCAGUGAGAAUGAAAACCUCCGUCAGACUGUGGCUGAGUUGAGCCGAACGGUAAGAAAUCUGGCUCAGCAGCAACAAGAUGAUCACGAGAGGCAAAGAGAGUUAGAGGAUCGACACCGAGAAGAACUACAGUCCAUACGUGAACAACAAAAUAGGUUGGCUGAACAACAGUUCACACAAAACAAGCAAAUGGAUUACGUUGAAAAACAAAACUUGAGGAAUGCCGUCUCGGAAAACGAGAAAACAGAACUUUAUCGAAUGCUUGAAGCAGCGGAUUAUCGAAUCAGGAAUUUGGAAGAUGAGCUUGCCAGUCGUGCUCCAAGGUCACGAAUACCAUACUCAGAAGGCACUCAAAACCCCAACAGACCAUACGUCUACAGAGAACCACCUUGGAGAAACCCCGGUCAGGAGAAACCUGGGAACCGACUUCCUCCGGUAAUUAACCAGCGCGACAAGCAUCAAAAUAGACGUUUUCCGCAGGAAUACGUUCGAGCACAUGCUUCAGACUCUGGACUGGAACAACAACGCAGGCAACUCCAAAUGCAACCAAACGCUCGCCGUUACGAUUCAACUAUUUUAGACGACGACUGGUUGGGUGAUCUAGUGACAGACGAUUUCUAA